CAGCAGGAAAAGCGGAAGUAGAUAGAAUCCCUCUGUAGUGUAAACAUAAAUAUGUCGCAGUCUCCGGACACUAGGAGCCUUUUAUCAGCUUCUUCACAGCUCAAUCUGAUAGAAGUAGAGUCGAUUGAUGAUAAGGAGUUUGACAUUCCCCAAGUGGAUACACCUCCCACACUGGAGAGCAUCCUAAGUCAGGUGGAGGAGGAGGAGGAUCCAUUUGUUUUGGAGGACACAUGCAUACUAAACACAGACAACAUGGACGCUCAGUCCUGUGACACGUCAUCUCUGGCCAGCUCCGACAGCGGAGACCCUGCGCACCUGAAACGAAAGAGGAGGCCCGUGGACCCGAACAGCACAGUUCAUGGGUCGGUGCUUCGACUCAGCUUACUGAAGGGCAUCUCUGCGCAGAUUGUUGCUGCCGCUGACAAAGUGGAUGCUGGGCUGCCAACUGCAAUAACGAUGGCUGGUGUAAUCGCUGUGGGAACGUCUCACGGCCUCGCUCUGGUUUUUGGAAAAGAUACAAACCAGGCUCUGCGACUCUGUCUGGGUAACAAAACGACGGGUGCAGAGUUCGGCGCCAUCUCUGCUCUCAGCAUCAACCACGACUGCUCCCGUCUUCUCUGUGGUUUCGCUAAAGGACAAAUUACAAUGUGGGAUCUUGCUAAUGGAAAACUUCUGAGGACUAUCACAGAUGCUCAUCCUCCAGGAACAGCUAUACUGCAUGUAAAGUUCACAGAUGACCCAACCCUGGCGGUUUGUAAUGACAGUGGAGGAUCUGUGUUUGAACUGACUUUCAGGAGGGUGAUGGGGAUGCGGUCUUGUGACUCUCGAUGCCUCUUCAGUGGUUCUAAAGGAGAAGUGUGCUGCAUUGAACCUUUACGGGCGCCUCCAGAUUUCAGAGAUCAUCCCAUCACGUGCUACUCUCUGCUGGCCAUGGCCUCCCUCACCAAGAUUUUGGUCAUUGGACUCAAACCCACGUUAAAUGUCUGGAUGACGUUUCCUUACUCUAAGUCUGAUCCAUCCAGUGUUCCUCAGCUGGCCUGGCAGUUUGUUCCUGUUCAGAAGAUGGUCAACCCCAUUCUUGCCUUUUGUAAAGGCGACACAGUCCACUUCCUCCUGGUAAAGAAGGAGGAGGUAGGCACCAUCCAUGUCAUCAAGCAAAGACAGCUCCACCUCAGCUGUGACAUCAUCAGCCUAAAUUGGAUCAACAGUUCUACGCUGGUCCUGGUGGACAGUCAUGAGAAGCUGCAGGUUGUGGACCGGUCAUCUCAGGAAGUGUUGGAGACCCUAGACUUGGAGCAGGUGCAGCUGGUGUAUAACAGCAGGCAUUUCAAAUCACUGGCCACUGGAGGGAAUGUUUCCCAGGCUCUGGCUUUGGUUGGAGAAAAGGCCUGUUACCAGUCACUUUCCAGCUAUGCAGGACAGAUUGUCUGUUUGGGCACCAAGUCGGCUCACAUCAUGUCACUAAGGAACUGGAAAGAGCGCAUUGACUGUUUGCUGAAACUGGAGGAUUUUGUCGAGGCUCUCAGUUUGGCCUGGUUGUUUCAUGAAGGAAGUGCUAAGGCCGUGGUUGGUCUUCAUGGAGAUUCACAGAAAAGGAAAGCUGUUAUCAGUGACAAGAUGGUCGAGAUUCUUCUCCAGUUUGCAGAGUGCGCUUUGAAAAAAUGUCCAGAACACGGCAAGAUCCAAGUGAUGGAGCAGCAUUUCCAGGAGGUGAUUCCAGUAUUGGUGGAUUACUGCCUGCUGCUACAGAAGGCUGACCUGCUGUUCAACCAGCUCUAUCCACGGCUGGUGGAGAACAUGAUUGCUAAGGGCGUUUUUCUGGAGUCUCUGGAGUCAUACAUUGUCGCCAACCGCCUCUGUCACCUGACCACACCCAUAAUGAAGGACCUCCUGGCCCAUUACCAUGACAGUGGGAUGAUGGACAGCUUAGAGAGAUGCAUUGUUCAUUUAGAUGUUACCAAUCUGGAUAUGCAACAGGUGGUUCAAGUAUGUUGGAACAACCAGCUCUAUGAUGCAGUGAUUUACAUCUUCAACAGAGGCAUGAAUGAUUACAUUACACCAAUGGAGAAACUCUUUUCAGUGAUUGGUCCAAGAGUUAGAGAGGGGAGAAGCCUAACAGAUGAGGAUGUGGUGAUGGGGAACAAACUUCUGGUUUAUAUAAGCUGCUGUCUUGCUGGAAGGGCAUAUCCACUGGGAGACAUCCCUGAAGAUCUAGUGGUUCAAGUCAAGCAUCAGGUGUUUGAGUUCCUGAUUCGUCUCCAUUCAGGCAACGCCUCACAUGAAGACGUUUUCCCAUUUAUUCAAACGCUCCUUCAUUUUGACACACGGGAAUUUCUGAAUGUACUCGCCAUGACAUUUGAUGACUUCCAGAAUGACAAGCAGGCUCUUGAAUACCAGCAGAGAAUAGUAGACAUCUUACUCCAGAUAAUGGUGGAUAACCCAGAUUUCACUCCGUCCCAAGUGGGCGGUCUCUUCACCUUUCUGGCCCGCCAGUUGGCUAAGCCAAACAACACACUUUUUGUGAACAGGAAUCUGUUUGAUCAGGUGCUAGAGUUCCUAUGUUGUCCAGAUGAUGAUUCUCGGCACACUGAAAGGCAGCAGGUUUUACUGGAACUGCUGCAGGUCGGAGGUGUGGUCCAGUUUAAUGAAGAAAGGCUCUUUACUUUAGCAGAGAAAGCCAACUACUACCAAAUCUGUGAAUUUCUUUAUGAAAAGAAACACAUGUAUGACCGGAUCAUCGACUGCUACUUAAGAGAUUCCCUCCGAAAGUUGGAAAUUUUCAGCUACAUACACAAUCUAAUGUCCAUGCCCGGCUAUACCUGUGAGGAGAAACAACAAGUGAAAAACAAAGUACUUCAAAACAUCCAGGAGCUGGUGAGCCUCGACCCCAGCAAACAAGCCGACCUCGUGCUGUGGCACUUCGCAGACGAGCUGCAGCCAAUAAUCUCUGAGAUCAAGGAUGACCGACUACUUUUCACAUUCCUCAGCUGUCUUUUGGAGCCACGAGAAGGAUCUCAUUCAGGGUCCACCUUGGUUCAGUCUGAACUUCAUGAACUUUUGCUCAACCUAAUGUGCCAGUUUGCCCCCGAAAAACUCCUGAACUUCCUCCAGACCUCCCAACACUACAGACUUGAGGAAGCCAUACAAAUAACGAAGAAAUACCACUGUAACGAGGCUACAGCCUACCUGCUGGAGAAGAAGGGAGACAUUCAUGGAGCAUUUGCCGGCUUGCUCCAGACACUAAAGGAAAGUCUGUGUGCCAUCACUGCUGAGAGUGGAGGAGGAGUGGAUAGACAGAAUGAAGAGGAGACAGACAGUGAUGUGAAGCUGACAAGAGUAAAUUAUUCGCUGAAUAACAUCAUUUCUUUAUGUCAUCGAAACUGUCAGAAAUUUGACCAGGACCAGAGAAAGAGCUGAAGGAGAUGACUCUGAAGGUUCUCAACUGUAUGAGCAGCUUUAUUUCUAUUCCUGCCAUCAUUCAACAAAUACUUCAGGAUCCAGUUUAUGGAAGAGGGAAGCUGGCAGAGAUUCAAGGCCUCAUUCUGGGAAUGCUGGACACUUUUACCUACGAACAGACUUUACUCGAAACCACCACCAGUCUGCUGAACCACGACCUCCACUGGUCCUUGGCUCACCUCCGCUCUGCCGUCACGAAGGGGCUCCAYCCCCGACAAGACUACUGCAACAUCUGCCUGCAGCAGUACAAGAGGAGGCAGGACCUGGCCGAGGAGAUCAUUGUGUUCAGCUGCGGCCACCCGUACCACAUGCAGUGCCUGCAGCAGAAGGACUGUGGGAGAGGAGCCGCCUCUGAGCUGCAGCAGCAGUGGAGGUGUCACAAAUGUUCAUCCAGUCGUGGAGGAAGAGGCCCUGCUGCUGAAGCAAACAGGAGCCGCAGCGCAUCUCUGGCUCAGACUCGUGUUGCAUCAGGACUUCAUGACAGAGGGGCGGAGCCUAACAGGAAAAAGGUGUUCGCUGCGACAACGUUGGACGUACAGCAGGAGCUCUCGUGGGAUCAGUUACGCAAUUUAUACCGAGGACCAUCCAGGCUGUCCAUCCUUUCAGAAGUGUCCAACUGUCAAAGCAGUGAGAAGACGGGGUUUCUAAUUCCAGCCCAAGCAGGGACUGCAGAAAAUUUGCUCCUGAAACUCUCCCCUCCACCUCUUUUUGAAGAAUAACAUCAUCGCAGGCUGAAGGUGGACGUUGGACCCAAAAUAAAUCAUUUUGUCCCGAAACAUUUUUGACUAUGAUUUAAAUGUUCCCACGAGUUUCUUAUGGCGAGACCCCUGAUGUUGAACGUCUGCCAGCUGCUUUUUAAACUAACCAUCCCUAGGAAAAGCACUAACACUUUUUAUUUAUUAAUGAAUUUUCAGGCUGCAGUAUUUCUGUUACUAAGUGAAUCUUCACUACUUCUACUCUAGAAGUGCUUCUUGUUAAAACACCUCGUGUUUGCAGACGGGACAGUUUUACAGCAGGUUUUGUUUUUAGUAUUUUCACACUUUGUUUGGACACUCAUUUAAAACGGUUCAAGAUUAAAUCCCUGAAAACUGAU